CUUGAUUAUACCAGCACAACAGUUGGUUUCCGACCAAACUAGGUCGACAUUUUAUACACGUCUUUCAGCAAGGGGAUGAAUUAUUACAUUUAUUUUAUAGGCCUAUAUUAAUACAAAUAAUAAGAUCGUAGUUAUCAAAUACAAAUCCAAGAAGAGUGUAGACCUAUAUCAGUAAUCGAAAGAAAACAAUGGCUGCUAAAGUGAUCAGUGACAUCAACGAAAAGGUUCUUCUGUGUUCCAUAUGUCACGAGAGGUUCCAGACUCCCAAGACACUCGGCUGCCAGCACUCGUUUUGCUUGAAGUGCAUUAAAGGCUGGAUGAAGACCAACAAAGGUAUAUUAUCAUGCCCAAUGUGCCGCCGAGAAUGUAAGAUACCAGAUAAAGGACUCGAUGCGUUGCCGUCAAGUUACUUUAUAAAUCAGCUACUUGAAUAUACCGCGAAUGCACGUAGCUGUUCACAGGAGGUUAACUAUUGUGCUAUGUGUAACAAAAAUUCCACUGACCACUGCAUGGAGUGCUCAACUUUCCUCUGUAAACAGUGUGCAAAAAACCAUUUCAAAUUACCAUCUUGCCGAAGGCAUACCGUCAUGCCUCUGGAGCAGUAUCAAUCCAUGGGUGCACAGGAACGCGCUGCAGCUAAACCAGUUAUGUGCCCAAAACAUGCCGACGUUGCUGUUAGAUUCUAUUGUGGUACCUGUUCAUUACCUGUUUGUAUAGAGUGCACCGUUGUCAGUCAUAAAGGGCACAAUUUGCAGGAGCUGGAUACAGCACUUGAACAGUUCAGAAAAGAUGCCGACAAAAUACUUACUCAGUGUUCAACUAAGGAAUCAGAAUUGAAAGGCAUAUUAGUGCGGCAUGUUCAAAACACAGAAGCAAAGAAACAGUCCAUAACCAAAUGUACACAGGAUGUGCGCCUCCACGCUGAGAGGCUUCAUAAGAUGGUUGAUGAUGCUAAAGAGAAGUUACUGACUGAUUUGACCAAACGUUCUACGGUUGAUUUGCAAAAUAUGGAGGAGGAGAAAAAAGCAAAAGAGGAGAAAAUCGUUCAACUACAGAAUGUAAUGAUGUUCAUUAACAGCCUAAAAAGUGCACCUCAACCAACUGCAGCUUUGUUUGAUGCAAAUGGAAUUAUAAAGGAAGCUAACAAAAUGAUUGGCCAUCCAACAGGAAGAGGUUUUAAGCAUGUUGAUGAUAGCAAAUCGAGUCCGUUCCUAUAUUCUUUUUCAGGGAAUAAACAGCUUACUUCUAUGAUUUCCCAAUCGAUAGGAGGCGUUACAUGUCAGUCUACCAACAACCAGGCACGUGUGCGACGAGGAUAUAGCGAUUAUUAUGAGGAAAGGUUUUAUAAUGAUUAUAAUUAGGAUGAUGGUGACUUAAAAUGUUCUUUCAUGAAAAGAUAUUAGGAGAACUUUAUUUUACAGUUACUACCAGACCAGAGUAAAUAAAUUAUUUAAAAUGCCUAUUCCAGAAAGCCUAUUCAAAAAAAAAAAUAAAUAAAAUAAAUAAAUUCAGGCGUAAUGAACGGUAACCUAAUAACCAACGUACAGAGGGCGCCACCCGGUGUUGUGACGACACGACUGUGGUAAUAGAGUACUACAGUCAUGUCGUGACUAUUAUUAUAUGCCUUUUUGUUUUAAUAUACUUUAAUGUUGCUUUGUCUACAAUACCUUAAGAAAGCUUCGUACACAUACUUAGUAGAAUAUCUAGAUGGUCUGGAGAUGAUAGUGGUUUAUUUGCUUUUUGCAACACAUUACAUCAAGAAGAAAAUAUAUGA